GCAUAUCUGGAGCACUGUUUCUCUGGGAGUGAUUGUAUAUGGCAUAUAAAUUUUCACAAACAGGCUAAGUGUGACUGAUAGCAGUUUAAGGGGCUUCCAGCAUCGACAUUGGUCAGCAUGCAUUUCAUCAGUUGUUUUGUGGCAAUCUUGACGUUCACAUUAGUUGCUGGAACUGAGAGCACUAAUCGCAACUUUACUGUGGAUUAUGAGAAUGAUCGAUUUCUGAAGGAUGGACAGCCAUUUCGCUUUAUAUCCGGCUCGUUUCACUACUUUCGCGCACAUCCUGAAACCUGGUCCCGACACCUGAGGACAAUGCGUGCCGCUGGCCUCAAUGCAGUUACAACAUACGUGGAAUGGUCACUGCACAAUCCGCGCGAUGGCGUCUACGUUUGGACGGGCAUUGCGGAUCUGGAGCGCUUCAUCCGCCUGGCGGUGGAUGAGGAUUUGUUGGUGAUACUGCGUCCGGGUCCUUACAUAUGCGCUGAGCGCGAUAUGGGUGGUUUUCCCUACUGGCUACUCAAAAAGUAUCCAGGCAUCCAACUGCGCACAGCCGACAUAAACUAUCUCAGCGAGGUGCGCAUCUGGUAUGCCCAGCUAAUGGUUCGCAUGUCACCCUUUUUGUAUGGCAAUGGAGGACCCAUCAUCAUGGUUCAGGUCGAGAACGAGUAUGGCUCCUACUUCGCCUGCGACGUGAACUAUCGCAACUGGUUACGCGACGAGACCCAGAGCCAUGUGAAUGGUAAGGCAGUGCUGUUUACCAACGAUGGACCCUCUGUGCUGCGUUGCGGCAAGAUUCAGGGUGUUUUGGCCACAAUGGACUUUGGCGCCACCUCAAAUCUUAAGGACACCUGGGCAAGGCUGCGACGCUUCGAGCCCAAAGGUCCACUGGUUAAUGCCGAAUACUAUCCCGGCUGGCUGACGCACUGGACAGAACCAAUGGCCAACGUGAGCACAGACUCAAUAACGGGCACAUUUAUUGAUAUGCUGGAGAGUGGAGCCAGUGUCAAUUUUUAUAUGUUCUAUGGCGGCACCAAUUUUGGUUUUACGGCGGGCGCCAAUGACAACAACCCCGGUAAAUAUAUAGCGGACAUCACCAGCUACGACUAUGAUGCACCAAUGACUGAAGCUGGUGAUCCAACGCCAAAAUACAUGGCACUGCGUCGAAUAAUAAGCAGAUAUUUGCCAUUGCCGGAUGUGCCGGUGCCGAUGCCAGUGCCGAAGCGAGCUUACGGCAAAGUGCGAUUGGUCAGCUGUUGCACGCUGCUCUCUGCGGAUGGACGGCAGACACUCAGCACGGGCGUUGUGCGUGCCGCCAAGCCACAGACCUUUGAGGCACUGGACCAAUAUUCCGGACUGGUGUUGUAUGAAGCCUGGCUGCCGGCGCACUUCAAACGGGAUCCGAGCGUGUUGUACGUGAACGGCUUGGCGGAUCGCGGCUAUGUCUAUGUGGACAAUGAAUUUGUGGGCAUACUGGCGCGUGAGACGCCUAUCUAUGAGUUGCCGCUGAGUGCCAGCUCGGGUCGCCAAUUGCAGAUACUUGUUGAGAAUCAGGGACGCCUCAACUAUGGGGUGCAGUUGAACGACUUCAAGGGCCUCACGAAAGAUGUGCGCCUGGACAAGCAGGUACUGACCAACUGGAAUAUGACCAAGUAUCCACUGGAGUCGUAUGAUGACCUGGAGAAGCUCAUCGCCCAGUCAACGGAGGCGGCAAGCAUUGGUUUCCAGGAGCUGAGAUGGCCAAGUACGAUGCUACGCUCUGGACCAGCUAUCUACCAUGGAUCUCUGAGCAUCGAUAGUGCGGAUCAGCUGGCGGACACAUAUCUGGAUAUGUCCGACUGGGGCAAGGGUAUCGUCUUCUUGAAUGGCGAGAACUUGGGGCGAUAUUGGCCCCUGGUGGGACCGCAGAUAACACUCUAUGUGCCCGCGCCCGUGCUCAAGGUGGGCAAUAACCGCUUAAUCGUGGUGGAAUAUCAACAGGCGCCCACAUCAAUGGAGCUGGAGUUUCGGGAUACACCCAUUCUUAAUGGCAGAUCUUAAGAUUAGCUUAAUGUUAGCAAUUAAGUGCAUCGUACAUCAUGUAAAUUUAUCUGAAUUAACUUAUUUUUUCUAAGGCAUUAAAGUCGGGUGAUGGCUUCUUUAUCCCUUUGUAAAACUU